AUGGCGCCAGCACCUCUGGCGGGACUCGAACCCCGGUCGGCUGAGGGGCUAGUGCAUUUCGGGUCGGCUGUAACCGUGGCGACGGGUCGAAGCGGCAUUAGUCGAGUUCCAUCGUCAUGGCGACGCUUCACAGCUCGACUGAGCUCCGUUCAACGCAAGCGCGUCCAUAGAAACCGGAGCGUCUGUUUGCGGUCAAGACGGAGUUUUUAUAAUCUUUUCAUCUGCGACGGCAUCGAAGACUUUGGGCAAAGAAAGCCAUUCUUGUUUGCAUCGGACGAGGCGACAAAACACUGCGAAUGGGCAAUAAGCAAAAAGCCAACAAACAACAUCUUCUCUUCGCUUCAUUCUCUCUUUGUUAUGCUCGCCAGACGCCAUUGCUCGCCGCCUCAAACCCCACCCCGGCACCGCUCAACAGGCCUCGAAUGGCUUGAGCUACUUUUGCCAUUUCAGUAG